AGAAAACGGACGAGACAAGCGGAUGAGAAUCAGUGUUUGUUUCGAAAAGUGAAGAUUACACGCAAGGUAUUAAGUGCCUCGUUACAAGGUGUGAGGUGCAGGUGUGCGGGGCUUCAGAGAAUCAAUCUGCUAGGCCGCGGCCCGCCCCUGAAAGCUGUCACUGACCUCCACCUGACCUCUCCUUGACCUGCCCCGCCCCCUACACACACACAUCAUGCAGCCUUCAGACAGCGAAGAUGAGCUGGAUACCCCCGAUGGCCCAGGGUCCUCCCACAUCCCGCCCACCAUCUAUGUUAUCAAGUUCCACCCAUCCACGGCGCGGGAGGCUAUUGAGUGGCUGAUAGAGAGAAUCGAGGCCAAGAAUAAAUAUGGAGGAGCCGAGUUGCUGGUCAGGUGUGAGCCGCAGAAGCAAUCACAGGGCGUCACUAUGCACGUGUCAGCCACCAAGAUCAAGCUGCUGGAGGUGGCGGAGGCGGUGGAGCUACAGAAGAGGGCGGCCAGUGGGUUGAUACAGGAGUUCAGUGUGCGGGACCUGGACCAGUUUCUGUACUCCGGGCAGACGCUAGACACAGUGCUGACGCCUGGGGAGAGGGAAUUCUGCGUCAGGCACGAGUUGGACUCCUUACGAGCCAAACAGGAGGAGGGGCACGUCCCUGGCUACCCUGGGAUCAAGCUGUACCCUGGGCAGCCUCUACUCAGCGUUUACCUGGAGGAACAGUUAAUUACGGACCUCUUUCCCCUGCACGAUCGCCAGGUAUUGGAGAACCUGGCAAGUGACUGGUACAAGGCUAUCUUCCAAGGGGCGCCCCUGGAUAGGAUUCGAAACUACUUUGGGGAAUCUGUGGCGAUGUACUUCAGUUUUCUGGGAUUCUAUACGUUGGCCCUCACUCUCCCCGCUGCCUUCGGUGUGGCGCAGCUCUUCCUCUCAGUGGACACCCUUACGGAAUACGCCCUCUUUGCUGCCUUCAAUCUCGUGUGGGUGACUGUUCUUCUCGAGCUUUGGAAGAGGCGCUGCGCUGGCCUGGCGUACAGCUGGGGGACACUGCAGCACCACCAGAAUCUGCAGGCAACCAGACCAGGUUUCAAGGGCAAAAUGACGCAGCACCCGAUCACUGGGAGAUUUGAACCAGCGUACCCUGAAUGGAAGACACGCAGCAAGCUGUACAUGGUGUCGGCCCCUGCUGUGGGUGUGUGCGUGGUGGGCGCCUUGUGGGUGAUGGUGGCUGCGUUCUGGGCGGAAGAACAGCUGAUAGACUGGAAGAGGAGGUACGGUUCUGUUGCUGGCAUCUUUACCCACGUGCCUUCCGCCUUCUACGCCUGCCUCGUGUGGCUCAUGAAUUACUACUACAGGAGAUUGGCCACACUGCUCACUGACUGGGAGAACCAUCGCACACAGGAAGCCUAUGAAUGGCAUCGCGUGGCCAAACUGGUGGUGUUCGAAUUUGUGAAUAACUUUUCCUCACUGUUCUACAUCGCCUUCUACAUUCAGGAUAUGGAUAUGCUGUGCUCGCAAGUUGCCACGAUGCUAAUUGUGACCCAGAUGAUCAACCACUUCCAAGAGGCACUGCUGCCCUACGUGGUGAAGCGCGCCUACAACCAGUUCGCAGAGGAGGUCCUGGGUCACCUGAAGCAACAUCCUCUCACGGCUCACCUGUUCGAGGAGCAGGUGAAGGUGGUGCACGGCGCGCCACCUGAGGAAGAGGGCAUUACAGUACUCGCCCUUGACCCUAAAGACCCCAGGAUUGUGCAAGCUAAGGAGGAGGGUGACCUUGACCCCUACCUGGACUGCUAUGAGGACUACCUUGAGAUGUUCCUUCAAUUCGGUUACGUGUUCCUCUUCUCCUCUGUGUACCCAAUGGCUGCAUUCUGGGCGGUGUUAAACAACAUACUGGAACUCAAAACAGAUGCCUUCAAGCUGUGCCGGGUGUUCAGGAGGCCUAGGGUGAAGAAAGUAGCAUCUAUUGGCGUCUGGCAGGGGGCAUUUGAACUCCUUGGGGCUGUGGCUGUGAUGACAAACUGCGCCCUUCUCUGCCUGUCCCCCCGCGUGAGGCCCCUGGCGCCCUCAGCCUCUGGAGUGGAGUGGGUUCUAAUCUUCGUUUUCCUGGAACACGUGAUACUGGCCGUUAAGAUGACGCUUAUGUGGGUGGUACCUGGCAAACCACAGUGGGUCCGCCUGGCUCUGGAGAAGGUGGCGUACCAGGCAAAACUCGCUCUCAAGAAUGAGCGAGGUAAAAAGACACGCCGCCACUUGUCCCGCCGGUUCAGGAGUGUGCACGGAAUGCCACGUUCCGGGUCACGCUCCAGGGGCACCACUCCCGUAGCUCAGAACGGCAGCUUACGUCACCGUUCGCCACCCAGAGGGGAGUACAGAGACUACUAGUGGCGCCCCGGUGAACCCCUGCACGCCCAGACACCUGCACCACCAGUUCGACCCCCGUGUACUUGUUGAUGGUGUCUCCUGGUGAUGCUGUGGGGUUGUCAGCACUUGUGUCACCAUUUUGAUGCCCUGGUGAAUCUGUAAGCAUGUCAACACCUGCCCAACACCUGCCUGAUGCUCCUAAUGGCUCCCUGGUGAAUGUCUGAGCUCGCCAGCACCUGUACCACCACUUCGAGUCCCUUGUUGGUUGUUAUCUGGUUAUCUGAGCGUAUCUACACCUGCAUCACCCAUUUGACACCUGCCCAAAGGAUGAUAGUGGUUGUCUGGUGAAUCUAAGCGUAUCAACACCUCCAUCACCACCUCCACAUCUGUAUAAGUGAUGAUAGUGGUUGUCUGGCGAAUUUCUGAACUCAACAUCUGCAUCACCACCAGUUCGAUACCCUAACCAAACGUUCCCAGUGGCUUUCUGGUGAAUUUCUUAACUUGUCAACGCUACCACCACCAGUUCAACACCAGUUCGACACCCACGACCACUUCAAGGCAUCUCAGCCACGUAUAUCUUGAGAAAACCCCAACUUUCAGCCAAUUCAAGUUCCUCCUAGUGUUUUGCCCUCCCCCCAAAGCAGAGGUUAGGUCACCACGCCUGAGCCCCCACGCACCUCCACGCCUCGUCCCAUAGGAAGUUGGCAACAGUGUCUUCUAGUCUCCCCACAUCAACUAGAAGCAAUGCAAUUUUCUAUUUUUCAAACUGUUAUAAGGUUCACAAUCCCAUUUUUUUUCCCUUCCACGUUGAGUAAGGGAAAUUUAAACCUUUGUGUCUUUCCUUUACAAGCAUCUAGUCUCUCCUCACGUCACGUAGAAGCUAUCCAAUUACUUUUAAAUUGUUACAAGGUUCACAACCACAAUAUUUCCCCUUCCACGUUGAGUAAGGGGAAUUUAAACCUUUGUGUCUUUCCUUUACAAGCAUCUAGUCUCUCCACUUGUCACGUAGAAGCAAACCAACCCUCUUUUACUGUUAUAAGCACUAGAAUCCCUUUAGUUUCCCCACCACAUCAAGGAAGAGAAAUCCAAUCCCUUAUACCUCUCCUCCCAAGGCAUCUAGUCCACCACACGCCCACUAGAAGCGAUCCAACUCUCUUUAGCUAUUGUAAGAUUCAGAAUUGUCGUAUUUUUUGUCCAUAUAAAGUGAGGGAAAUUUAAACCCUUUAUGUCUGUCCCCUUAAGUGUCCAGCCUUCCAUAUAGCAGGUAGGGCAUCCGAUCCCCCUUUUUAAAUUGUUAUGACCUCCAGAAUUGCUUUACUCUCCCAUAUAAAGGAUUUAACCCUUUAUACUCGCUUGUCUCCUCUUCCACCACCACCACCAUCACAAAUUUUAGAGAGUGACAGAAACAGUCUUCCUUUUUUUUUUUUUCUUUAUCAUUUUAUUCCCUCAAAACAACAACACAAUUUUUAGAGAGUGAUAAAAUAACCUCCCUUUUUCUUUUUUCUUUUUUUUUUCAUUUUAUUCCUUCAAAA